GCGAAAAUCUGAGCUCUAGGCCUUGUAGCAUUAUUUUCAAUUAUGUCUGGCCGCGGAAAGCAAGGAGGCAAGGCCCGCGCUAAGGCAAAGUCGCGCUCGUCCCGCGCAGGUCUACAGUUCCCGGUGGGGCGAGUGCACCGUCUGCUGCGCAAAGGCAACUACGCCGAGCGGGUGGGGGCCGGCGCGCCCGUCUACAUGGCGGCAGUCCUCGAGUACCUGACCGCCGAAAUUCUGGAGCUGGCGGGCAACGCGGCCCGAGACAACAAGAAGACGCGCAUCAUUCCUCGUCACCUGCAGCUAGCCAUUCGUAAUGAUGAGGAGCUGAACAAGCUGUUGGGCAAAGUCACCAUCGCCCAGGGCGGCGUUUUGCCCAACAUCCAGGCCGUUCUAUUACCAAAGAAAACCGAAAGCCACAAAGCCAAAAGCAAAUAAAUCCAGACAAAGUAAACCAAA